AUGAGAGAGGUAAACCUGAUUCGCUGGGUUUUACACUCUCAAACUCAGCUACACAGUAGAGAGAGAGAGAGAGAGAGAAAAUGGAGAAGGGGAAGAGAGAGGUUGUGGUUUCGGCUCUGCAAUUCGCUUGCACCGACGACGUUCCCACCAACGUCGCCACCGCCGAAAGGCUUGUUAGAGCUGCUCAUGCAAAGGGUGCAAACAUCAUUCUCAUACAGGAACUUUUUGAGGGAUUUUACUUCUGUCAAGCACAAAGAGAGGACUUCUUUACGCGUGCUAAGCCUUAUAAGGGCCAUCCAACGAUUCUCAGGAUGCAGAAACUUGCAAAAGAGCUGGGUGUUGUGAUUCCAGUUAGCUUCUUUGAAGAAGCAAACAAUGCCCAUUACAAUUCAAUUGCCAUAAUUGAUGCUGAUGGGGAAGAUCUUGGAAUUUAUCGAAAGUCUCAUAUUCCAGAUGGACCAGGUUAUCAAGAAAAGUUUUACUUCAAUCCAGGUGACACUGGCUUUAAGGUAUUCCAAACAAAGUUUGCAAAAAUUGGAGUUGCAAUUUGCUGGGAUCAGUGGUUUCCAGAGGCAGCCCGAGCUAUGGCUCUUCAAGGUGCAGAGAUACUGUUUUACCCUACUGCUAUAGGGUCGGAACCUCAAGAUCAUGAACUUGAUUCUCGUGAUCACUGGAAGAGGGUUAUGCAAGGGCAUGCGGGAGCUAAUCUGGUGCCUCUAGUUGCUUCAAAUCGCAUAGGCAAGGAGACAAUUGAGACAGAGCAUGGAAAAAGUGUAAUAAAGUUUUAUGGAAACUCAUUCAUAGCAGGUCCAACUGGAGAAAUUGUUGCAACUGCUGAUGAUAAAGACGAAGCUGUUCUCAUAGCACAAUUUGAUUUGGAUCAAAUCAAAUCAAAGAGACACAGUUGGGGAAUAUUUCGUGAUCGGCGUCCAGAAUUAUACAAGGUGCUACUGACAUUAGAUGGCAGCAAUGUUUCCUCCUGAUGACCAUUUCCAAUCAGUAUGAUGCCUAUCUUGAAAAUGAUUAAUGAAAGCAUAUUUUUUAAAGUUAUCUUUGUCACAUACUGCAGGUAUGGGAAAGAGAAAUAUUUACAGAUGCAUGUAAGUCAUAAUGCUUGAAAUGAAUCAUCAAUAAACUUAUUCUUCUCCCUUGCAAUUGAGCUUGAGAUCUGCAAGGGAGUUUU